ACGUGAAGCAAAGACGCCAAGGGCCAAGGCUGGCUGCAAGAAGCAAAGAGGAACGAACACUGUGAAUAUCCCAAUGUCGAUGAUGGCUUCUGUUCAAAUCUGUCGGAGAUUCUCUCCCCUAGUCGCCCGGCCGGCGAUUUACUCUGCCAAUUCUUCAUUCCUCUCAUCACUCUCUUUCGCCUCUUCUUCUCUUUCAAUUAUGCCGAUCCGCCUCCGCUGCCGAGCUUCAGUACACUCUGUCCGCGCCGCCUCCACCAUGGGGGACACCAUCACUGAUGCCAACAUGGAUGCUGUCCAGCGCCGCCUCAUGUUUGACGACGAGUGUAUUUUGGUGGAUGAGAAUGACCGUGUUGUUGGUCAUGAUACCAAGUAUAAUUGUCAUCUUAUGGAGAAGAUUGAAUCUGAGAAUCUGCUUCACAGAGCUUUCAGUGUUUUCUUAUUUAAUUCAAACUAUGAGUUGCUUCUUCAGCAACGAUCUGCGACAAAGGUCACCUUCCCUUUGGUGUGGACUAACACCUGCUGCAGCCAUCCUCUGUACCGGGAGUCUGAGUUGAUUGAAGAGAAUGCUCUUGGUGUGAGGAAUGCUGCACAAAGAAAGCUUCUUGAUGAACUGGGGAUUCCUGCAGAGGAUGUCCCAGUUGAUGAAUUCACAACAUUGGGCCGUAUCCUGUAUAAAGCACCUUCUGAUGGGAGAUGGGGAGAGCAUGAACUUGAUUAUCUUCUCUUCAUUGUGAGGGAUGUUGGCAUGCGCCCGAACCCGGAUGAAGUUGCAGAUGUUAAAUAUGUGAAUAGGGAACAGCUGAAAGAGAUCUUGAGGAAAGCAAAUGCUGGAGAGGAUGGUAUAAAGCUUUCCCCUUGGUUCAGAUUAGUCGUGGAAAAUUUCUUGUUCAAAUGGUGGGAUCAUGUCGAGAAAGGCACCCUAAUGGAAGCUGCAGAUAUGAAAACCAUUCACAAGUUGGCCUAAACAGCCAUUGGCUGAGCUUUUGCUAAACCCUUACAUCUACCAUUCACUUCACUGAGCAAAAAGAUAUUCUAUGGUCGUCUGCUUAGUUUCGUGCUUCAUGCUUGAACUUUCAAGUUUUAUGCUACUUUUGGCUGUUAGGAACUAGUAAUAUAUGUGAACUUGCUAUCUUUCUUGUGUUAUGUAAUUCGAGAAAUUGCAACUACUGAUAUAUAAUGACUAACUACAGACCUA